AUGUUGCCGGCAUCAAAAAUUAUUGGAGUUUCUAGUUGGUGUUUACUUUUUAUUGCAAUUGCAAUAUAUUUAACAAUAUUUAUAGUUGUAAUUAAAUCUCGACGAGAAUUACGUGAUAUUUCAAUGUUAUUAACAUGCAGUACUUGUUUAUCUGCAUUUUUAACAGCUUUCGCAGCCUGUGUAAUGACUGGUUCAAAUUUAUCUACCGGAUUUUUACUUAACAAUAGGUCAUUUUGUUAUGCAUGGGGUUUAUUUUACGAUAUAUUUGAAUGCACAAUUUAUUUCAGUUAUUGUUUACAAGGAUUCUAUCGUUUGUGUCGUGUUGUAUUUUAUAAAAAGAAAUUUCUUUUAUCUUAUUCUUUAUAUAUUAUAUUGAUCAUUGGUCAAUGGUUAUUAACAUUAAUUUUACUUUUACCACCAGUAUUUGUUGGUUGGUAUAUACAUAUACCAACAGAGACAUUUUGUCUUGUUCCUUAUACAUAUAUUGGUCCAGAAGUAUAUCAUAUACUUAUUUUAUACCUUAUUCCAAUAGUUAGUCUUACAAUCGUUUAUAUUUGGAUAACAACAGAUAUACGUCGAGUCUCUCAAACACCUAAUCUUGCUGUUGCAGCAAUUCAACGACAACGAAAUCAACGAGAUUUAACAGUUAUCAAACGUAUAUUAGCUAUAAUGGGAAUAUUGAUAGUAUUACGGUUUCCAACAAUUAUUUUUAUGGUCUAUGGGAUUAUUGCUGGAUCUUUAUAUCCAUUGACAUAUGGAAUUGUCGGAAUUAUAACAGCAUUUUGUUUAAUAUUUAUUGGAAUUAUUACAAUUAAGACAACAUCAUACUUAGAAAAACAAGUUCUUGGUUAUUUCUUUCCUCAAACUAAUCGAGUACAAAGUGGACCAAUGCCAUUAAAUCAAAGAAAUAUACCAGCAGCAAUGUCUAAUAAUAUGAACAGUCAAGUGUACAGAAAAGGAAAUGCUCCUACAAAAUAA